AUGGACCAGUCGGACUUGGAGGAGGGUGAGGUGCCCGAGGAGGGCGAGGUGCCAGCCGAUGGUGCCGCGGACACCGCGGUUGCAGCGCGCCCAGCCGUUGUGAGUCGAGCUGCUGACGACCCCAAGCGGCAACGAGACCAGCAGCAGCAGAAGCAGACCCUGCAGCCGCCAUUGGCUCGUCACCGCAGCGGCAAUGAUGCCGGCGCGAGGGACGACAGCGGGCAUGGCCCAGCGGCCGACAGCGACCGUGACCGUCGCCGCGCGCGAGAGCAGUGGGAGCAGGAACGGGCCGAGCGUGAGCGGCAGCGCGCGGAGCGGGCGGCUAAGGAGAGAGCGCGGCGAGAGCGGGAGACCAUUGAAGCGGACCUGACACGGCUCACGGGGCGGCUGUCAUUCCAGGAAGUGCGGAGCAACUUUGACGCCUCCUGCGCCAACCUGCACUCGGCUAUCAAAACCCUUGACAAGCUGCUGCGCCGCAUCAAGCGCGCGAAGCACGACGAUGUCGGCCUGUACCCCGCGGCUGCUGAGCUGUCGCGCCGCAUACUCGACGGCCUCAAGCACGCGCUGGUGAUCUGCGGGACCAGGGCCAACGGCGGCGGCGCAGGAGAGCGGGGGGUCGGCCGCUCCCGGCGGCCGCUGGGAGAGGACGCCGCGCCGCAUGUGUACAUCUACGGCAAGCUCCACGAUCUGGAGUCGGCGCGCGCGCUGAUGCGGGUGGCGGUCAACUACCGCCGCAGCGUGUUUGGGGCGGCGCAUGCCAGUGAGCUAGAGGACCUCAUCCACGACAGCAAGUGGGUGUGGGGGGAUCCGUGGCUGGGGGGUAGCGGGACUGCUGCGGCUGCAGGGUCACUGGACGGUCUGGCUGCAGGGCGCGCGGCGCAAGAGGCAGUCUCGAAGCCGGCUGGCGUGCGGCUGACCGGCGCGUGA